GCAGCAGUGAGAGCGCAACCGCCCACCUCCUGUGAGCUUGCACUCACAACAGAGCUGCUCAAAAUGGCGGCAGCUUCCUCUCUCCGGCUGCCGUUGAUACACAAUUUAAACCGGAGAAAUUCCCCCGUGCAGGACUCGGACAGCCCCGAGAACCGACAAGAUGACGAAGUAGGAGUCGAAGGGCCCAGCCUGCGAGUUUUAGCAGAUUUGGAGCCCGAAGAGAUCGAGAGGAGGUUGGAGAAAACUCGCCGGGAGCUGAGCAACAGGAGAAAAAUUCUCAUUAAGAACCUGCCGCAAGACAUUAGCAACCAGGAAGUUCAUGACAUUUUAAAAGAAUAUGAGCUUAAAUACUGUUAUGUGGACAGAAAUAAAGGGACAGCGUUUGUGACAUUAUUAAACGGGGAGCAGGCGCAGGAUGCCAUCCGUAUAUUCCACCAGACUACUCUCAGGGGAAGAGAACUCUCUGUCCAGCUUCAGCCAACAGACUCCUUACUGUGCAUCACGAACCUGCCCCACACCUACACUCUGCAGCAGUUUGAGGAAUUGGUCCGCAUGUAUGGGAACAUCGAGAGGUGCUUCCUGGCAUGCAGUGAAGUCACAGGGCAUUCCAAGGGUUAUGGGUUUGUGGAGUACAUGAAGAAGGACUCCGCCUCGAAGGCCAGGUCAGAACUGUUGGGAAGGCAGCUGGGGGAUCGUGCUGUCAUGGUCCAGUGGACAGAUGUCAACCAGCUGACUGCUGACAGCCUUCAUUCCAAGUGUCUUUGUGUAGAUAAACUUCCUGCAGACUUCACUGACAGCGAAGAGCUGGAAGAAAUGUUCUCCAGAAUAAGCAAACCUGUUUUCUGCCAGCUUGCUCAGGAUGAAGGCAGCCCCAUUGGAGGCUUUGCCGUUCUGGAGUACGAGACUCCAGAGCAGGCUGAGGAGGUCCUGAGGGAAAUGGACAGGCAAGUGAUCGGAGGCAGUGAAGUCCGAGUUUCCUUCUGUGCGCCGGGGACUGCAGGCAGGAGCACGCUGGCCGCACUCAUCGCUGUACAAGGGGUGAUGGCUAAUAACAAGAAAGGCCUUCUUCCCGAGCCGAGCAUUGCCCAGAUGUUAAACAGCAUGAGUAACCCUGCUGCACUACAAGUCCUGAUGAGACCCUACCAGUCUGCCACUGCUGGUAAACCUCCUGGGAUUGUUGGUCUACCUCAAGGCAUGCCCUUCCUGCGCAGCCCACCAUUGACUGCAGCGCUGCUGCAGCUUGGAAAAGUCCAGCAGAAUGCCAUGCUUGGUAACGGGCUGGUAUUGCAGAAUAUCUGGCGGAUGCAGCUUGCACAUCAACAGCUAGUUCAGCUAAAGGAAAAGCAGGCAAACCAUGCAUCCAGCCUCCUUGGAGAUCCUUCCAGAGUGCUGCUGCAGAAGGCCAUGGGGAUGCGAGCCCCUCCUCCAGUGAAUAUGGGUAAAGGGCUUUUGGGAGACUCUCCUAAUGGUUUGUCUUCAGAGGCAGGUCCGGCAGCCCCUCAGACCCCAGGAGAGCAGGCUGGCAUGAAGGCGUACAUGUCCAGUCGACGGUACCUAGGACACGCUGCAGUGGAGCAGGACGGGGGAGCGGAGACACAAGCCAGUGCCAUGGGGGGCUCAGCUGGGACCCCUCCAGGCGGACAUGGCUAUCAUCAGGGCCUUCCAAAUCCCAUGGUGCUUGCAGGAGCACAGAAGCAGCAAAGUCUGCCAGGGAACAAUGAAAGCAGCUCCAGUGCAGUUACUGCGUCUAGCAGCCAGACAUCCCUGCUGGGAGAGCCACCUAAAGAACUGAAAGUGCCUUCCAACCCGUAUCUGAACAUGGCGAGCGUGCUUCCUGGCAUGCUCUUACAGGCUCCACAUGGCAUUAAACCUCAGUCAGCUCAGCAUCACAGUGGAGUAGUUUACGGAUCUACACUGAAUCCUACUGUCCCUCAGACUUCUGGAUCAUAUGCAGUGGAGAACACUACUGAUUAUUCUCAGCAAUACAGGGAAUAUUCACAGGAAGCCAUGCAGCAGUGGUAUCAGCAUUAUCAAGCACAGGGCUAUUCCAGUAACUCCUUGGAGGCAGGGCUGGUCGAGUAUGGAAAGGAACAGACCGAGAUGUCUGCUUAUGCACAGCCAACUUCAAGUGCUUCAGACACUUACUACAACCAGGCGACAGCCGCAGCAGCCUAUGGGGAUUAUAAUUCUUACUUGCAGGCUGUGUCUCAGCACUACUCUCAGACACACAUGGCCCAAGCAGCUUUACAAUCUGGUUAUCAACAAAGAGCAGCAAACAAGGAGGCAGACAUGUCCAAAGCUGUCUUGGGAACCUCGCUUCAGAGUGCUAGCAAUGGCAGUGUCAGAUGCACUCCCCAGUCGGCUGCAAUGCCAGCGUACAACUCUGUAUCCUUGAUGUCUGGAUACCUGGUCGGACAGCCACCAGCAGCCAGCUCUGUGACCCCUUUACAAACUGGACGUGCUGGCUUAGACUGGAGCCAGUACUAUUAUAGCAAUUCAAGGGGUCAGAAGAGAGAUUAUUCCCAUCUGCCAUCCCAAGAAGCAACACCAGAGGAAGGAUACGUUGGUCAGCAUUCACAGGGGCUGGGGGGUCAAUAUGCAGACUCGUAUUUCAAAAAGAAGAGAAUUUAGAGGGAUUGCAGCACCGACAGUACCUCUCAGUUUUGUUUCCCCCGUGUGCUUUAUUAUCGUAUCUCUACUAAAGUUGCUGAACUCUGAACCAUGUCUUCUCAGUUGAUGUUUAAAAAGAGAAACAUUUUCAAUUUUAAAUGUGCAUUUUUAUAAUGCAUACUUACCUCUUUUGUAUGUGCAUUAAUGCAGAGAGACCUUAUUGCUGGUUAUUAAAUGUUCACGACUAUGUUCAUGUUAAGGGGCUUGUUUAUGAGUUGUCUUAAAAAAUAAUAAUUUAUAUAAUGGAAGAACUCAACCCUGUAUAAAUUUCUACUUUUAAUAAAAGGUGAAAUUUGCUCAAUUCCCAGAUAGUGUUUUUCAGUUUGAUUUGAUUUGCAAACUUUUGCAACACAGGCUUUUUUGAUUACAGGUUCACCCGAUAUCCAUAUUCAACCAAGCAAAUAUAUACAUGAACCAUUUUUUUGCAAGAGUAAGACUUGUAUGGACCCUACUCUGGGUUUUAUUUGAGUUUUUAUGUUUUUGUCAUUUCUAUUCAGUCAGACACUGUAGUGAAAGAAGUAGUAAAUGCAACAAUCCAGUUCUAGAAGAGUUUUCUUAUGAAUUAGAGCCAAUGAAUUUGACAGACAUUGGAGUGGUGGUCAUGACCCUUCUACACACACACACACGUGUGUGUGUGUAUAUUAAUAGGGCCAUUUUAAAUGUAGUCUGUUUUAUAGGGUGAAAAAGCAAAAACAGGUCAAGUUAUUUUAGACAGAGGUGUUUUUUUGAAGUAUUUUUUAUAUUUUACAGACAACUGUUUUGUAACUCUAAACUUCGUAAAACUUGUAAUUUCUACUUCAAAUUCUUGAGUCCAUUUUAUUAUGCAAGAUAACAGAACAUGUGUUCAUUUUGCAAGCCUGUUUCCUGAUUUAACAUUUCAGCUACAUUCUAUUGCUUAUACUGUGGAUACGUACUUUUUUCUAAGAGCAUUUGAAAAUGUUGAAGCAUGCAUACCUUUUUACAUUGUUUUUAAUUUAAUAAAUGUAUUUUUCAAGAAUAGACAAAUGGAUGCUUCAUUUGUCAUGCUUUUAUUUAAACUUUCAAAUGGGGAUUUAUUUAUAACUAACUACGUGUGUGUUUAGUAUACUGUUUCUAGCCGUUGUGAAUGAGUUUAACCAAAAACGACUUUUUGCUAUUACAGUACAUUCCAUUUGCAUUGAGCAAAGUAACGUUUUUUUUUUUAGACAACGUAUCUGUUUAUUUACUGGAAAGUUUGUAAGCAGACACAUUUACUGGUAGUUUGUUUUUUUUCUCUCCAUUUUGCUCGCAUGCUUUGUUUUUGGUACAGAAUAUACUGUAUAUUG